AUGGGUCCUUACGAUCCCUUCGCAGAGGUCGAGCAGACCUUUGUCUACUUCGGGUCUCAGAAGACUUUCCUGAGCACGAACAACAUGUUCUAUACCAGGCCAGUGGUCAAUGCGAGUGGAUUGCAUUACUUCACGGAUAUACAACCACAGACCACCAAUACGAUGCGAAUAUCCCAAGCCUCGGAUUUCGCAGAGGAGGUAGAAACGCUGCAACCAAUGGACCAAUUCGCAAUCUACUCAACCUUGAGCUUCCCAGUAUCUACUGACAUUCUUCCCAAAGUCCAUUCGCUAUGGAAGAAUGCCACGAGUACCCUUGCACUUGCGCAUCCGAACAUAACAAGUGUCUUGACAUUUCAGUCCAUUCCACCCCCUCCACAGGUGAACGCCCCUCAGAAUUCACUCGGGUUCGCACCAGGCUCUACCCCGCAUGAGAAUAUUGUCCUGGCGCUGUUUUCCUUCUAUUGGCCUGACGCAACAGACUCUACAUCAGUCGAUUCUGUGGCGAAGAGCUUGGUGAUGUCGGUUCAGCAGUUGGUUGGAGAGGAAAUCAAGUUCAAGUAUUUGAACUACGCCGCUGCAUGGCAAGAUCCAAUUGGCAGCUAUGGUGGAGGGGCGGCCUGA